AUGGUGAGCGAUCCAACGAACGAUAAAAAUAUUUGGCUGUCCGCCAGCGAAGGUGAUAUGGAAAGAGUAGCGUAUCUGGUUGAGAAAUGCGGAUUGGAUGUAAAUACACUGGACGAAAACAGUUACAGCACUCUACACGCAGCUACAUCUUACUCUCACUCCCAUCUUCUCCGCUAUCUCAUUGAGAAAGGCGGUAAUGUAAAUAUCGUCGACGAUGAUCACGAAACGCCGCUCUUUGUCGCCGAGGAUGAAGAUGUGGCAAGGCUGCUGGUGGAACACGGGGCUGACGCCUCACAUCGCAACGCGGAAGGUCUCACACCACUCGAGAAACUCAUUCAGGAUGAUGAGCACGAGGAAGUGCAGGAAUAUCUCAAAUCUGUCGGUCCAGCGCCUGUAUCAAUGCCAAACACCAACGAUAACACAGCACUCGAAGAUACGGAAACUGGCAGAGAGAUAGCCGAGAUAAUGGAACAGGCACAACGAGACGGCACAGAUCCCGAUGAGAGGCUGAGGGAGCUGGUGACGCGCAAUCUGAUGGGACAGCAGCAGUAG